GUUAAUGUUACUGACAUUUUGUGUAUGGUGUUAAUGCGUUACCUAACAUUUUAACGUUAUAUAAAAGCCGAUGCUUUAACCUCAAACUCUUUCGUCUCUAUCGGAAUCGCUUGAAACCUAGAUACCGUUUUAGUGUUAAUUCCUUUCAUCCGUAUCUUAUCGCCCAUUGUCAUCUGAUAAACGAUAAACUCUACCUGUUACCUCCUUGCGAUCUGAGAGUUCAGUAUCAAUCACACCGCAGUAAGACUCACUAUGGUUGACCCAAUCACUAUAUGCAGCAUUGCAUAUUACACAGAAGCCUUACAAGUUCUUCUAUUUACGCAAUAUUAUCUGUCAAUGCAAGCUGUAGCUUUCGCCAAUGUUAGGGUGAAUAAUAUUGAUAAAUGUAGUGAGUGAAAAGUAUAUUGCAUGAUUCUAACGCGUUGAUUGUUCGUUCAAAGUUACUGCCCUAUAAGGUGAUACAAGUCGAGGCAUGAUGUUGGAUUACAGAGAUGAGUUAGAAUUACAAAAAGAAGCAGACGAGGUGGAACAAUUAGCCAUGACUUCUUUAGGGAAGCUAAUAUUUGUAGAUAUACAUUGCAGACACUCAAAGUCUUUAUCUACAGAUAAGUCAUCUAUAGAUACUGUUGAUUCUUUAUCGCUUGCUUUUGAGAGCCUUUUCUACAUGCCAUUUGACAUUAUUGAAAAUUAUAGUAGUACCGUGCAUACUCUGGAUAUUAGUCACAAUAAAUUCAGUAGAAACUUACAAUUUUUGGCUGAAUUUGAAAAUUUGACGUCUCUUAACUUAGAUCACAAUAAUAUAGAUGACUACACUGUAUUCCCACAUAUGCCAAAACUUCAACUUCUGUGGUUAAAUCAUAAUAACGUAGAGGAAUUGUAUCCAUUUAUAAAGAAUCUCCAUGAGAGUUUACCCAACCUCAGAUACUUGUGCCUUAUGGGUAAUAAGGCAGCACCAAGUUAUUUGAACGGUGGAACCUUUUAUGACUACCUUCAGUACAGGUUGUUCAUCAUAUCUUGGUUCCCUCAUUUGGUACAUCUGGAUGACAGAACUGUGACACCAGAACAACGUCUGGAAGGAAAAAGGCUUUUUAAACGGCCGUUUUUAGAAAACCUUACGGAGUAUACUCCUGUUCCAGAAUGCAUUAAACAGCUGCAGCAUAAAAUUGCAAACAUAUUUUCCAAACCAACACUGCCUUACAAAGCAAAAGCAAGGGGAACAAACUUUAUUAUUUAAUACAGUAUUAAGUUAUUAAUGUGAUUCUACUUAAAAGCUAUUUACUUUUACUGAGUUAGAAUAACAUUUAAUGCAAGACGCGCAUGUUUUUAUCUUAUACAAAAACAAACGACAGUAAACCACUGCAUGGGGCAGUAACAAAUCAACAAGAUGUUUAAAUAAUUUAAAAUACAAUUUACACUGAGGUACAUGAUUAUAUUAAUCGUUUUUACACUUCAGUCUAAGUAGUAUAGUAGACUAAUUCGUAUACAAUAAAUUAAUUACAGAUUUUGCAACAAACGUUAGCUCAAUAAGAGCACAUCCAUCUAUGGGCAUUUUCUAUUGAUUAAUGUUACUCAACUACAAUUUAAAAAGUAUUCAGCUUUGCUUAAUUCCCAAUAACUUUUUACAAAUAUUGUAUACUAUACACUUGU